UCCGUUGUUAGGGACGUGAGUAGAAUAAAGUGUAUUGUAAUAUUGCCGCCUUCGAUGUUAUUAUGAUCGCAUUGACAUUCAGUUUAGAUAAAAAAAAAACCUUACAAUCUACUAGCUUCCGAAAUGUGACACCGUUGACCCAAAUUUUGUUAAAUCUAGUCAUAUUUUAAAUACCAACUAUUCUUAUAUUUUUGAUUACAUACUACCUCUACGAAAUGUUUAUUUUUAUAAAUAUAUUGUGUAGUGUGAAGUAUUGAAGCCCUGUUAAUAACGCCUCGCGAUUAUUUCCAAUUAAGUGUUAUUAUAUUUCUACUCGGAUUCAGUGUCGUUAAUCUGGUGCAAAUUAGUUGAAAUUUUCAUAUUAUAUACUAGUUGCUAAUGUUUUCUUGUUGAUAUAUUUAUAAACCUGUUAAUUCUAUACCCUGUAAAAUGUCUUUCGUGAAAUGUUGUUUUGAAGCUGGAGAGGGCCACGAUUUUUUGGACUCAUUCGUCCAAAAAUGUACGGAUCCUGGAUGCUGCUGCGGCUGUUGCUCCGCCCUCCGGCCUCACUACAAGCGCCUCGUCGACAACAUCUUCCCCGCCAACCCUCAGGAUGAGCUCGUCAAGUCCAACAUGGAGAAGCUCACGUACUACUCGCUCACCAGCCCCGAGAAGCUGGACCGUAUCGGGGAGUACCUCUUCCAGAAGGCUUCUCGCGAUAUCUAUAGGCGGCGACAUGGUUUCGUGAUAAUCGCGAUGGAGGCUAUGGACCAGCUGCUGGUGGCGUGCCACUCGCAGACCCUCAACCUGUUCGUGGAGAGCUUCCUCAAGAUGGUGCAGAAGCUGCUGGAGUCCACCGACCCACAGCUUCAGAUCCUGGCUACGCAGAGCUUCGUAAGGUUCGCCAACAUCGAGGAGGACACGCCGUCGUACCACCGGCGCUACGACUUCUUCGUGUCCAAGUUCUCGGCGAUGUGCCACAGCAACCACGCGGACACCGUCACCCGGGACAAGAUACGCCUGGCCGGGAUACAGGGGCUGCAGGGAGUGAUAAGAAAAACCGUGUCCGAUGACUUGGUGGAGAACAUUUGGGAGGCUCAGCAUAUGGACAAGAUUGUACCCUCAUUACUUUAUAACAUGCAGACGGCGGAGAAGUACGAGACGGUGUCGUGCAUGGAGGGCGGCAGCGGCGCGGAGCCCCCCGCGCGGCUGGCGGAGGCCUGUCUGCGGGAGCUGGUGGGCCGCGCCAGCUUCGGGCACAUCCGGAGCGUGCUGCGACCUGUGCUCACUCACUUCGACCGACACGAGCUGUGGAUUCCGAACGACUUCGCGGUGCACACCUUCAUGAUCAUCAUGUUUUCGAUACAGGCCCAGUACUCGUACAGCGUGGUGGAGGCCCUGAUGCAGCAUCUAGACGCUGCGGGUAGCGGCGGAACAGACCCGAGAGCCAGGACCCGCGUCCGGGCCGCCAGGGCCACCGUGCUCAGCAACAUCGUGGCCAUCGCCGCCGGGGACAGCGUUGGUCCAUCAGUAUUGGAGAUCAUCAACAACUUGCUCACCAACCUGAGGUCAUCUGUCGCUAGGGAUUCAGAACAAAAAGAAACCGACGAGAAACUGUACCAGGAAGCACUCAUCAACGCUCUGAAAGAGUUCGCGGACCACCUGCCCGACUUCCAGAAGAUCGACAUCAUGAUGUUCAUCGUGAACAAGGUGCCCAGCAUCCAGCGCGGGAACAAGGGCACCAAGGCUGAUGCCAUGCUGCAGAGCAUACUGCUCAAGUCACUGCUCAAGGUGGGCACGACGUACCGCACGACGGAGCUGAGCAAGGCGUUCCCGGCCGCGUUCCUGGAGGCGCUGCUGCGCGCGGGCGCGGCCGGCCAGGCGCGCGCGCGGGCGCUGCUGCAGCGCAUCCUGCACACGCUGCUCGACCGCCGCGGGAACGCGCAGCGGCUGCAGCGGGCCAGUGUGGACUACGCGGAACUUGGUCUGACCAUAGAGAAGUGCUCGCGACAAGACCUGAUCUUCAUCAGUAAACACGGCUAUGCGCUGUUCAGCUCUCUCUACGAAGGUCUGCAACUAGAAUCGAACACGAUGGAGAACGUCGAGGCGAUCUACACGACGCUGGCGCUCAUCUGUAUCGAGCUGGGCUCCGAGGAGACCGUCUGCGAUAUACUGCAGCUCAUACUGGCUAUCCAGCAGUCGGGUCUGUCGAACCCGGUGUUGUCGGUGGCCCAGCAGUGCCAGCUGCAGGCCGUCAGCAUCUCUCUGGCCGCGCUGCUGCCGCACGUCAUGAUGCUGCCCCGCCUCGCCGAGUACAUACACAAGAUCAUCGUAGCCCGUCGUGAGGAAGCCCCGCACCUGCUGCCGCCGCUGCGCGAGGACUACGACGACCUGCAUCCCAGCAAGAUGCCCAACAAGCUGCCAUACCUCAUGAUGGAUCUGAUGGCGCUGUGUGAGCUGCUGAAGGCGGCGGGCGUGGAGGCGGCGCGGCUGUCGGCCAGCUCGCCCUACGCCGCCGGCAGCGCCGCCGCGCCGCACCGCCACAGCUGGGUCGAGGCCGGCGCGGCGGCAGGUCGCGACAGCCUGGCGGAGCUGGCGGCGCCCGCCACCGAGCUGGACAGCGCCAACAGCUCGCCCGGCCUGCAGCGGCAAGCCCAGUACGACGACCUGGACGAGGAGUACAGGAUGUUCAUCGAGAAGUACAACCACAACCACCGGCCGUCGAAGCAGGACUUUGGCACCUAUCGAAGCGACACAGACUUCUGGUACUGGGACCACGACGAUGUCCCAGCAUUCCGCAGCAAAGCCUCUAGUGUCUACAAACAAACACAACAAUCGGGCGGCGGCGCGGGCUGCGCGGUGAGCCUGGAGGCGCUGCGGCAGGCGGCCGGGGGCCCGAGCGCGGCCGAGCGGCGCGACGCCGAGCGCCGCCGCGCCACGCUCAACAACGCCUUCCGCACCGCGCCCUUCGACCAGCUGCUGCACAUCACGCAGCCCAAGUACGAGAUCAAGGACAAGUUGGAAGAGAUCUUCAACUCGAUCAGCGAGGAGCCUCUCCUGCCGGCGUCGGGCUCGUGCUCCCCCGCCGGACAGAAGUCCUACCAGCAGAACGUGCCGCCAUACACCAAGUACUUCCCCGAACUCUUCCUGUACUGAACUCAUUUGUCAGCGGUGAAGGAAAAGUGUUCAUCCGGUGUGUGUAGAUACAGUCUCGCUCAGAAGUCGCACGGUGUACUCCAUAGUUGUAAGGUGUACGGAAUUGACGCGCGCGUGACGUAAUAAAUGUAUACAGUAAUGUGUCUCAAGUCUAUGUUCACAAACUUGUUUAUUUUUUGUUAUAACUUACUUAGAUCUACGUAACUUCGGUGCUAAAAAAAAAGCGUUUAGAAAAGACUUAGGGUUUUGACGUUACCUCGACUAACUUUACUGGAGCGUUUUCAUGUUUACCUGGUAGAUAAAGAUGACGAUGCCUCCAAAUAUAUCCUUUAAUCUCUUCAUUGGUGUCUUUUAAAGAUCAUUGGUAUCAUCCAUCGCAGCCAAAAUUGUGCUCAAUAAAGCUUUGAAUGGUUACCAAAGAUCUAUGCAGAUCUAUAUCUAAGCAGGACUGUUUGCCAUUGUUGAAGCGAAAUGGAGCUCUAAACUACCCAUAGCGGCUUCUCUUUCACAGAAGGAGCUCGUGGCUAAGCUAUAACUGCAUACGUUGAUCGAUCACUGGAAAGCUACGCUUGGCGCGGUCGGUGCGUAGAUGACUGACCAUCUUUGUCAUAACGAUGUCCUCCAUGUUGCGGAAGGCACAUUAAAUUGUGGGUCCUGGCUGUAAUGCAUACAUCUUUGACAGUCGUUACAGUAGCGUAGUCAGAAGCAAGAAAAUCUGAGAACCAGUCCAACUAAGAGGUAUUGUGUUGGCCAGGUAACUGGGUUGAGGUGG